AUGGCUGAACUUAUGGAUUUGCCUAAAAAAGUUGAAGACUGGACUAAGGACCACGUAAAGCUCUGGGCUGCACAGAGCUUAAAUAUUGACUUAAACGAUGUGGAAAUCUUAUUCAAGCAAAAUGUGACAGGCGAGGUUCUCCAAAUAUUGUCUAAAAAAGACUUAACAGAUAUGGGAAUUACACACGGCACUGCUCUUUUAAUAACCCAUAAAAUAAAAAAACUCAUUACACCAAGUCAGAAUGAAAAAAAAAGUAUAAAUUUGGGUUCAACAAACAAAAGAGAGAUAGCAAAAACAAAACAAAAGAUCCCAAGUAAAGAGGAUGUGAAAGCGAAAAGCAAUGACGGGGAAAAUGAAUCAAAAGAACCUGGGAAUUUAGCUAUCAAACCUUCUAAAGUCACUUGCACACCAUACCCUUUUGAUAGAUUCAAUGAAAGUAAAUGUUACACACAGUUUCAUUUCCUUCCACCUGAAUCUGGCACAACUAAUUAUAUUGACCCCAUUCAUGAGUACAAAGAGUUUACUAAUACACUAAAUGCAACAGAAGAAGACAGAAAAAUGAAAUUUUGCAAUGAGGUCUUUCGGUUUGCAGCUGCAUGCAUGAAUGUCCGAACGAAUGGUACAAUCCAUUUUGGAGUCCGAGAUAAACCACAUGGGCAAAUAAUUGGUAUAAAAAUAGACAACACCGAAACCUUUGUCAAGUACAUUGACCAAAUGAUCAGCAAGUAUUUUGAGAUAAAACAAGUUGGAUUGGCAAAAGAAUGUAUUCGUUCACCAAGAUUUGUCAACAUAUUAUCUGAACAAAACACACAUUCCAACCUAGUUGUCAUUGAAGUUGAUGUGGUCCCUAAACAUGCCUAUUGCAAAGAUGAAAUAUUCUUUACAUAUCAACAAAAUUUUAAUGAAACUUGGAAAAUGUGUAAAAAUAAGUCUUGUUUUAAACGAGAUGGAGAAAGUUCCAAAGAUAUACUUGCCAAUGUACAAAAUAAUGAUGCAGAUUACAAAGAAUUUUUGUCUUGUAUGAAGGCAAGAGAUGACGCUAGAAAAAUGGCAGAGGAAACUCACAGUAGAAGCCACAUAAAAUCACAAGACGAUGGUCUGAAGCUUAAAAAAUUAAUAACAGGCAACAGAGGUACACUGGACAACUCCUACUAUAAAUGGUAUAUUCUAGUAGCAAACAAAAGUCACCCUAGCCAAACAGAACAUCUUGAUUUUAUGCAUGAAAUAAAGUGGUUUGCGGUUUUGGAUUUCGACUCAGAGUCACUUACAAAUGGUCUGUGUAAAUUUUACAGAGAUAAAAGAAUAGCAAACUUACAUUUUCCCAGUCAUUAUCAGAAUAAUGGAAAUGAAGGACCCGAAUCACUUAAACUUUUUCAACAAACCAGCUGGAUAUUCUGUAAUGGAAGGUCAGAUCUCGACACCAAGGAAUACGAACCAUUAAAUUAUAGGUCGUGGCAGAAAGAAAAAGCUGCGGAGGUCAGAAAGCUUAUUUCUUUUCUUUCACAGAAGAAUAUACUGGAACGUGGUAAAUUCCUUGUAGUUUUUCUGUUACUUUCUGCAGUUGAUGACUGUGCAGAUCCCAUUAAUGAAACAUUUAGUACUUUUUACCAGGAACUUGGUGGCAUAGAUGACAUUUUAUGCAUUUGUGAAAAUGAACACACUUACCAAAAAUGGAAAGAUCUACAGGUAAAACUAGAUAUAGAAGAUAUGGAAGACAGGUGUAUUUUCAACUUAGACAUUAAAAAAGUAAAUGGGACAAUUCUAAAACUAAAAUCUAUGAUUAAAUCCUCCCAUCUCUUUUUGCCAUCACAAGGGUCUUCCACUAUCAUUCUUCAGGAAAAAGAUAAAGAAGUAAUGAGCUGUUUGGACAUUCUUUGCGCAAAUGAAUGUGAAGAGACAGACUGGAGAAAAAUGAAGAGGAAUUUAAAAAAUUCAAGACAACACAAGAGGAACACUUUUACAAAGGAGGAAAAGCUACCUGGUGGAAUUUCUAUUUCUCAAGUAAAUCCUUCACAGGGCCAUUUAUCAAGAGAGACAUUCACAAUGCAUUAA